UCACUUUUUUGACUCUGGUGUCCUUUUUAGAUGAUGAAAGUUGUUCAAGUUUAUGCAGAAUCACAAGAAAUUAAUCUGCAGAAUGACUCUGAAGUGGCACAAGCAGGAAAGGCUGUUGCAUUAUACUUUGAGGACAAACUUCCAGGAAUCUACCCUGACAGGACCUUCCCACCAUUGCCAGACUUUGAACCAGAGGACGAUGAUGGGGAAAUAACUGAGGAUUCAGAUGAUGAUUUUGUACAGCCUCGGAGGAAACGCCUAAAGUCAGAUGAGAAGCCAGUGCAUAUAAAGUGAUUUUAGUGCUCUGGACUUCAUAAUUUCUGUAGAAUAUGUGGACUUUUAAGAAAAACUUAUUUAAGUGUUCCUGGAAUAUCUUCUCGCCUGCACCAGCCACCUUCAAGGAGAAGCUGGCAGCUUUUAGACAGUAUUAGACCAACUGAUGUUUGUACAGAAGAGAUGAACAUUCUUUUAAAGAAGACAGAUGGAGGAGACUUGUAGUCACUUUGUUUAGUGUUUUUUGUUUUUUCAUUUUCUUCUUCUUCUUUUUUUUUUUUUUUUUUUUUUUUUU